UCACUUUGGAGGAACUGUCAUGGCGACCACAGCUUGACAGCUGCUGGUGAACCAUGACCGUGUCUGUGUGGCUCCGCCCCUCGUCCCUGCAGCACUCCGAGUUGUUGCUGUGAACAGACUUCAACAGUUCCUGCAGCUGAACACGAAUCUGGAGACAUGCGGGUGGCAGUGAUCGGAGCCGGGGUCAUUGGCCUGUCAACAGCUCAGAGCAUCUAUGAGCAGUAUCACUCAACCGUCACGCCGCUGACCAUCGAGGUGUACGCAGACUGUUUCACUCCGCUGACCACUAGUGAUGGAGCCGCUGGCUUCUGGCAGCCCUACCUGUACGAUAAGGGCAACGUCCAGGAGACGAAAUGGAAUAAAGAGACAUUUGACUACUUGCUGAGCUGCCUCAGUUCAUCAGAGUCUGUAAAUAUGGGGAUAUUCCUUCAGUCCGGCUACAACCUCUGCACUGCAGCAGCCCCGGAUCCCUCCUUUAAAGAUAUUGUCCUGGGCUUCAGACAGCUCACAGAACGAGAGCUGCAGAUGUUCCCUGGAUACAAGUUUGGGUGGUUUAACACUGCUCUCAUGGUGGAAGGCAAAACAUACUUACCUUGGCUCAUGGACUGGUUGCAACAACGGGGGGUCAAAUUUUACCACAGGAAAAUAGAGUCCUUCAAGGAGUUGGCAGAAACUGGGCCAGACGUUAUCAUAAACUGCACUGGCAUGAGAUCAGGAGCGCUGCAGCCUGACCCGGACCUGAAACCAGGCCGCGGGCAGAUAGUGAAGGUGGACGCUCCGUGGUUAAAACACUGGAUUCUGACCCACAACUUCGAGAUGGGAGUCUACAAUUCACCGUACAUCAUUCCAGGGAGUCGUCUUGUGACUGUCGGUGGGGUUUUCCAGAUAGGAAACUGGAGUGAAAAUAACAACUCUGCUGACCAUAAGAAUAUCUGGGAAGCAGCUUGCCAGCUCGAGCCCAGUCUCAAGCAUGCCAGGAUCGUGGAGGACUGGUCCGGCCUCAGACCUGUUCGCAGUAAAGUCCGAUUGGAGAGGGAGGCCAUUCAGGCUGGUGCAACGAAAAUAGAGGUGAUACACAACUACGGCCAUGGAGGUUUUGGACUCACCAUUCACCGAGGCUGUGCCCAGGAGGCAGCGAGGCUCUUCGGUCAGAUCGUAGAACAAAAAGGCAAAGGUCCAAAAGCUCGCUUGUAAACUUGUGUCCCAGAGUAAUGAAAAAAGGAGUAAAUCAGUGCCUUGUUCAGAAUUAUUUUGUAUUUGGUGUAAUUACAUCACUUAAGACAAUAUAACGUGUGUGUGAAAAAAGAGACUACUAUUGGUGUUCUAAUCCAGUAUUAAUUAAGAGAUGUAAGGUAAAAUUGUGCAUCUAUCUAUAUGAGGUUUGAGCAAUUAAAAAAGAAGAAUAUAAAGUGCUUAUAAAAAUGUUUUCAGUAAAUAUAUACAAUAGUAGAGAAACCUACUGAUAAUGAUUCUAAAUUCUAAAAUCACUUGAUUUUAAAGAUAUUAAAAUCAUGAUAAAAACAAAA